AUGCUCGGUCCAGGCACGGGACCUCAUACCGGGAUCCACACACCUCGCUCCUCUCAGAAUCUCCGCCCUCUCACACUCUCGCACGGCUCUCUCGAAUACUCCUUCCUCAUUCCCACAAACCUCCAUUACCAUGCCUCACAGCUGAAGGACACCUUCAAGCUUUCCCUGCCGGAACCGACGGACGAGCUUGCCCAGGAUGACGAGCCUUCCUCUGUGGCAGAACUGGUCGCUCGCUACAUCGGCUUUACAGCUCGGGAAAUCGACGAAGAUGACGAUGGGCAAGGCAACUUUAUCGAGGUUCUGAAGAUCGUUUUGAACGAAUUUGAAAGGUCAUUCAUGCGGGCCAAUGAUGUACAUGCACUGGCUGCCUCGCUCCCAGGCAUUAAAUCCAAGAAGCUCUUGGUGGUGCAAUCAUAUUACGCUGGUAGGGCAGCAGUUUUGCGCCCUAUCAAGGCGCACGAUUCCGCUCUUCUGCGUGCAGCGGACGACGAGCAGGCCAAGAUUUACACCGUCUUUGGAGGUCAAGGUAAUAUCGAAGAAUAUUUUGAUGAACUCCGAGAGGUUUACAGCACAUACCCUUCUUUCACGCAUGACCUCAUCUACUCCUCAGCACAGAUGUUGCAAGCACUAGCCAGAGAUCCCAAAGCUGAGAAGCUGUACUCUAAGGGCCUGGACAUCAUGAGCUGGCUGCAUGACAGAGACACUCAACCCGAUACUGAGUAUCUGGUCUCUGCACCUGUCAGUCUACCAUUGAUCGGACUGGUCCAACUCGCCCACUACCAAGUCUCUUGCAAGGCGUUAGGGCGCACGCCAGGAGAAGUUUUGGAGCGCUUCGGCGGAACGACUGGUCACUCACAAGGCAUUGUGACUGCAGCUGCCAUUGCUACAGCUGAUUCAUGGGAGUCCUUCGCAAAGGCUGCUAAGAGUGCAAUCACGCUACUUUUCUGGAUUGGCAUGCGUAGCCAGCAAGCCUAUCCCAGAACCAGCUUGACCCCAGCGAUCCUCCAGGACUCGGUCGAGAAUGGUGAGGGUACCCCAACACCCAUGCUUUCGAUACGUGACCUUUCUCGCACCCAAGUGCAGGAACAUAUCGAUGCUACGAAUGAGCACCUGCCGACGGAGCGCCACAUCGCCAUCUCACUUGUAAACAGUGCACGAAACUUUGUCGUCACUGGACCACCCAUCUCUCUUCACGGUUUGAAUUUGCGACUCCGCAAAGUGAAAGCUCCAACAGGUCUUGACCAGAAUCGUAUUCCUUUCACACAACGAAAAGUCCGCUUCGUGAACCGCUUCCUUCCUAUUACUGCGCCAUUUCACAGCCCUCUUCUGGCUGGAGCAUACAAGCAAAUUCGAGAAGACGUCAAGGAUGUUAAAAUAUUCGGCAAGGAGUUGAGUAUUGCGGUCUAUAAUACAAAUACCGGCGAAGAUCUGCGUCAGCAGGGUAGCUGCGAUCUUGUUCCCUCGCUUAUCCACAUGAUCACCCAGGAUCCAGUGAAUUGGGAGAGCGCUACUGUCUUUCCAGGCGCAACACACAUUCUGGACUUCGGUCCAGGGGGUAUCUCUGGUCUUGGCGUUCUCACAAACCGUAACAAAGAUGGAACUGGCGUCCGUGUCAUUCUCGCUGGUGCUAUGGAUGGUAGCAAUUCCGAAGUCGGUUACAAGCCAGAGCUUUUCGAUCGCGAUGAAGAGCACGCAGUCAAGUAUGCUGUCAACUGGGUCAGGGAGCACGGCCCGAGGCUAGUGAAAACGUCAGUUGGUCAGACAUUUGUCGACACCAAGAUGUCACGACUUCUUGGGGUUCCGCCAUUGAUGGUCGCUGGUAUGACACCUUGCACUGUUCCAUGGGACUUUGUCGCUGCGACUAUGAAUGCAGGGUACCAGAUCGAGCUGGCUGGGGGCGGGUACUACAACGCGAAGACGAUGACCGAGGCGCUCAACAGGAUCGAAAAAGCCAUUCCACCAGGAAGAGGUAUUACUGUCAACCUAAUCUAUGUCAACCCUCGCGCGAUGGGCUGGCAGAUCCCUCUGCUUGCACAGUUACGUGCUGACGGCGUCCCUAUCGAAGGUCUUACCAUUGGUGCUGGUGUUCCCUCCAUCGAGGUUGCUCAGGAGUAUAUUGAUACGCUUGGUAUCAAGCACAUCGCCUUCAAGCCGGGCUCCAUGGACGCCAUUCAGCAAGUCGUCAAUAUUGCCAAGGCCAAUCCAACGUUCCCUGUGAUCCUUCAGUGGACUGGUGGACGUGGUGGUGGGCAUCACUCCUUCGAAGAUUUUCAUCAGCCCAUUCUUCAGAUGUACGGCAGAAUCAGGAAGCAAGACAACAUCAUCCUUGUCGCUGGCAGUGGUUUUGGUGGUGCCGAUGAUACAUACCCAUAUUUGACUGGUACUUGGGCCGGUCGAUUUGGUUAUCCGCCCAUGCCUUACGACGGAUGCUUAUUCGGCAGCCGAAUGAUGACUGCGAAAGAGGCACAUACCUCGACGAACGCCAAGAAGGCCAUCACUGAGGCUGAAGGCGCUGACGAUAGCGAAUGGGAGAAGAGCUAUAACGGCCCAGUGGGUGGUGUUAUCACUGUGCGGUCCGAAAUGGGUGAGCCCAUCCACAAGCUAGCCACUCGUGGUGUCAAGUUCUGGGCAGAGAUGGACCAAAAGAUCUUCAGCUUGGACAAGAAGAAGCGCGUUCCUGAGCUCAAAAAGAUGCGCGAAUACAUCAUCCAGAAGCUCAAUGACGACUUUCAAAAGGUCUGGUUUGGCCGAAACUCAGCUGGUGAAACCGUUGAUCUAGAGGACAUGACCUACAGCGAAGUCGUUCGACGAAUGGUCGAUCUUAUGUAUGUCAAACACGAGUCUCGCUGGAUUGACGAGUCCCUCAAACGCCUUACUGUUGAUUUCAUCCGUCGCGUCGAAGAACGGUUUACAUCUACUUCUGGCAAGCCUUCGCUUGUUCAGAGUUACUCAGACCUCAACACGCCAUAUCCCACAAUCCAAAAGGUGCUCGCAUCGUAUCCAGAGGCCGACGACCAACUCAUCUCCGCUCAAGACGUGCAGCAUUUCUUGCUCCUCUGCCAGCGCCGAGGGCAGAAGCCUGUACCGUUCGUCCCCAGUCUGGACGACAAUUUCGAAUACUGGUUUAAGAAAGAUUCGUUGUGGCAAUCAGAAGAUCUUGAGGCGGUAGUCGAUCAAGACGUUGGCAGAACCUGUAUUCUCCAGGGUCCGACUGCUGCCAAGUACUCCUCAAAGAUCAACGAGCCAAUCAAGGAGAUCUUGGAUGGUAUUCAUAAUGCUCACAUCAAGGGUUUGGUACAGGACGUUUACGGUGGCAAGGAAUCUGCUGUUCCUGUUGUCGAGUAUUUUGGUGGCAAGGUUCUGUCAGCGGAUGAUGAGGAAGUCGAAGUCGAUGGUCUUACCAUCAAUGAAGAUGGUAGUCGCCUCUUCUAUCGUCUCUCCAACGCGCCAGGGGCAACACUACCUACAGCAGAAGAGUGGAUGAAGCUCCUCGCCGGACGCGACUAUUCUUGGCGCCACGCUUUGUUCACAACAGACGUCUAUAUUCAAGGCCAGAGAUACCAGAAUAACCCUCUACAGCGCAUCCUGGCACCAGUGAAGGGAAUGUUUGUUGAGGUUUCGUACCCCAAGGACGCCUCCAGGACGGCCAUCACCGUCAAGGAACCGUCACAGUCUGGCAAAUUGGUCAAGACUUGUUACAUCUCGCUCACUGGCAAGAACAAAAUUCUGAUGAACCUCUAUGAGGAGCGGACUGCAGAAGGUGGAGCUGUGCCACUUCCAUUUCACUUCACGUAUCAUCCCGAGAUCGGCUACGCUCCCAUACACGAAGUCAUGGAUGGCCGCAACGACCGAAUCAAGGAAUUCUACUACCGAAUCUGGUUUGGCGAGAAGGUGGUUCCGUUUGAUACACCCACCACCAAUACCUUCGACGGCGGCAAGGCAGUGGUCACUGUUCAAGAUAUUGCUGACUUUGUUCAUGCGGUUGGAAACACUGGCGAGGCUUUUGUCGACAGGCCUGGAAAAGAAGUCUAUGCUCCCAUGGACUUCGCCAUAGUUGUUGGCUGGAAGGCCAUCACAAAGCCCAUCUUUCCUCGAGCCAUUGACGGCGACUUGCUGAAGCUUGUUCACUUGUCCAAUGGCUUCCGCAUGAUUCCUGGCGCGGAGCCUCUCAAAGCCGGUGAUGAGCUGUCGACCACUGCUCAGAUCAAUGCUGUCAUCAAUCAGGACUCUGGCAAGAUGGUUGAGGUUUGCGGUACCAUUACUCGCAAGGGACGACCUGUGAUGCAAGUCACCAGCCAAUUCUUGUACCGUGGUGCGUAUGAUGAUUACGAGAAUACAUUCCAGCGCAAGGAGGAGACCCCCAUGCAAGUCCAGCUCGCCUCAUCCAAGGAUGUGGCUGUCCUCCGUUCCAAGGAGUGGUUCCGUCUUGAUGAGCCUGAUGUGGAGCUGCUUGGUCAGACCUUGACUUUCCGACUGCAGAGCUUGAUUCGCUUCAAGAAUAAGACUGUUUUUAGAAGCGUUGAGACCGUCGGUCAGGUCCUGUUGGAAUUACCAACCAAGGAGAUCAUACAAGUUGCCUCCGUCGAGUAUGAUGCUGGUGUUUCGCAUGGUAACCCUGUCGUUGACUACUUGCAACGCCAUGGCCGAUCCAUUGAACAACCCGUCAAUUUUGAACAUCCUAUUCCUCUUAGCGGUAAGACACCCUUGUCUUUGAAAGCUCCGGCAUCCAAUGAGACCUAUGCUCGUGUGUCUGGUGAUUACAACCCUAUUCACGUAUCGCGCAUCUUCGCAAGCUAUGCCAACCUUCCGGGAACCAUCACCCACGGUAUGUACUCCAGUGCUGCAGUUCGCAGCUUGGUCGAGACUUGGGCUGCCGAGAACAACAUCGGUCGUGUUCGAAGCUUUCAUGCCUCGCUCGUGGGAAUGGUCCUUCCUAACGAUGAUAUCGAAGUCAAGCUUCAGCACGUCGGUAUGGUUGCUGGUCGCAAAAUCAUCAAGAUAGAAGCAAGCAAUAAAGAGACGGAAGAAAAGGUUCUGCUCGCCGAGGCUGAGGUCGAGCAACCGGUAUCCUCGUAUGUCUUCACGGGACAAGGUUCACAGGAGCAAGGAAUGGGUAUGGAUCUAUACGAGAGCAGCACCGUGGCUAAGGAAGUCUGGGAUCGAGCUGAUCGUCAUUUCAUGGACAACUAUGGACUGUCGAUCAUCAACAUUGUCAAGAACAACCCGAAGGAGCUCACCAUCCAUUUUGGUGGUGCCAAAGGUAAAGCCAUUCGCGAGAACUACAUGGCUAUGACCUUCGAGUCUAUCAAUGCUGACGGCUCUGUCAAAUCGGAGAAGAUCUUUAAAGAGAUCGCUGAGAACACAACUUCUUAUACCUACAAGUCGCCGACUGGACUUCUGUCUGCUACUCAGUUCACUCAGCCAGCUUUGACUCUGAUGGAGAAGGCGAGUUUCGAGGACAUGCGCUCGAAGGGCCUGGUACAGAGAGACAGCUCUUUCGCUGGUCACUCUCUCGGAGAAUACUCGGCUCUUGCUUCUAUUGCUGAAGUUAUGCCAAUUGAAAGCCUUGUUUCCGUGGUGUUUUACCGUGGCUUGACCAUGCAGGUCGCGGUGGAACGGGAUGAGCAGGGACGAUCAAACUACAGCAUGGCUGCUGUCAAUCCAUCUAGAAUUGGCAAGAGCUUCACCGAGCAGGCUUUACAGUAUGUCAUCGAGAACAUCUCAGAGGAAACCGGUUGGUUGCUGGAGAUUGUCAAUUACAACGUUGCAAACAUGCAAUAUGUCACUGCUGGAGAUCUUCGAGCCAUCGAUUGCAUGACCAACGUCCUAAAUGUCAUCAAGAUGCAAAAGAUCGACAUUCAAGCCCUGAUGCAGGAAAUGUCCCUAGAGGAUGUCAAAGCACACCUCGUCAAGAUCAUCCAGGAAUGCGCCAAGCAAACAACUGCAAAACCUCAACCGGUUGAGCUCCAGCGCGGAUUCGCUGUUAUUCCUCUCAAGGGCAUCGACGUUCCCUUUCACAGCACCUUCUUACGCUCCGGAGUCAAACCUUUUAGGUCGUUCUUGCUCAAGAAAAUCAACAAGAACAGCAUCGAUCCCAGCAAGCUGGUAGGCAAAUACAUUCCGAACGUCACGGCCAAGCCAUUUGAGUUGAGUAAGGAGUACUUUGAAGAGGUGUACAAGUUGACCAGUUCACCAAGAAUCGCCAAGAUAUUGGAGGACUGGGAUAAAUAUGAGGCCGGAGGGGCGGAGAGUACGCCGAGACCAUCCACUGCUGUGGUAUAA